CCGACAUUUACGCAUUUACUCUAACGCUACCGAUGGAUGUACUUACUUUGUCAUCCGGCAAAGACUAGAAACAUAAUUAUUGUGAUCACCUCGCUGACGAAAGGCGACGUUUCUUGGCGAUCCCAACCUCUUUGCAAGUAGCAGCAGAGCACUGCAGUCUUGGCAGAGGCAAGGAGAGAUCAGAGAGCUGACGGAGAACUGCAGAGUCGGUUGGAUGCCUUGUUGCGCAAACAUUGAGUGUGAUUCAUUUCUGCGGUUUCUACCUAUUCCAGACACCCUCACCAUUGAGCAGCAUGCGUAGUCGUGGGAAUCCGCCUGGCUGUUUAUGCCUCGCUGUGCUGUUGCUUGGUUUCGCGAUCACCUCCGAAGCAACCCACUUCCGAGGCGGCAUUAUUUCUUGUGGACCAAAUCCUAGCAGCAAUGGCGGAUUCGAUGACGACGGCAAUGUGGUGCUGCAGUGUGACUUUCGAAUUGCAUGGAGAUUAUCGGCAUACUGCCAAUGGCGAGGUUUGUACUGCGAUCCAACCGAUAUAGACCCAAGCAUACCAUUGCAAGGUCCGAAUGGAGCAAGUACAUACUUAAGCUGUACGGAAGGGUGUAGAGGCACCUUCAAGGACUUGCAGUACUACAGCACCGAGUAUAGCCCCAAAGAAGAAGAGGAUUGGUCUCAAGGUGGACGGAUAUUUGACUACACGUUUUCUGGUGCCCCUGCCCGAUUCAGAGCCAGUUAUGAGAGCUGCUGCUGGAUCAGUACACUGGUCCGGUACAGAGACACGGGCUGGGUAUGGCCCUUCAGCAUGAAUCUAACUCAACGCACGGACACGGGCAUGAUCAACCAUAGUCCUCGUUCAGCACAGAUCCCCAUCGUCCGAAUGCAGUACGGUUGUGGCCAAAACCUGUCGAUCCACACGGACCAUCCAGACAAUGACAUUGUGAGGUGCAGAUGGUGUAAAGAUUACUCAGAGUGCGGCGGAGUAUUUCCUCCGCUGUUCAAUGCCACUCUGAUAUCGAAUCCCUGCACUAUUAUGAUUCCACCCACGCUAGAAACAGGAGAAAAGCAUCUCCAUGCCGUGGCGAUUGUCUUGGAAGACUUUGUGCAGUCGGAUCCGAAUGGCCCCGCUCUUAGUCAGGUUCCUCUCCAGUUCUUAUUAGAUGUUUACAAGUCAAACGUGGCAUGCACCACUCGCCCAGAAUUUGCACCUCCCAGUCCCGUCGACAAGAGAUGUAUUCCCAUCAAGCCGGGCACCCAGUAUAAUGCCACGCUCAGGGUCAGGGAAACUUCGCAGUUUAACAGAAUCAGAGACUUCACUUUGACAUCACCGAUUGGCAUGGUAAAGGGCCCUAUCAGGCAGUUCAGUGAGAACGGAGCCUUUUACAGUGAGAUGUGGGUGAAGUGGACACCGAACCGUGAACAGUAUGGACAGCAUGUACUCUGUUGCCUAGCGGAAGAUUCUCAGGGGUAAGCGCUGGGUCUAGAGGAAGUUUCAACUUAGCCGCUGUAUCCUGCUCCUGACUGUAUUCUCCCAAACCACCUUGUCAAGGCAAACUCUGGAGUGCUCAUUUUACAUUGCCAAAUGACGAGAAUUAUCCUGAGUGCUUGCAAUAAUUCUUGGAAGAAGUUACUUGCGAGACUCUGACCUUUGGGUUCAAGAGCUAUUCACAUCCACACACAAUACUAACCGAGAGGUUUUCCAUUCAGAUAGCAAAACUCAUCCAGAAGCAGCUUGACUCUGACUGAUGAUCCAAUGCUUUGCAUUCUGAAAUCCUAUAAUUAUAGUACUCCUUUGGUCCAGAGAUUGUAGCCAGGCACGAGUAAAAUGCUG